GGGCUGGGCGCGGGCGGUGGCGUGAGGGGCUCCGGCGGAGACAUGUCCUCGGGGGUGGCCGCGCAUCGCGACGCCAAGAAGCUUGUGCGCUCGCCCAGCGGCCUGCGCAUGGUGCCGGAGCACCGCGCCUUCGGAAGCCCGUUCGGCUUGGAGGAGCCACAGUGGGUCCCGGACAAGGAGUGUCCACGAUGUAUGCAGUGUGACGCCAAAUUUGACUUUCUCACCAGGAAGCACCACUGCCGCCGCUGUGGGAAAUGCUUCUGCGACAGGUGCUGCAGUCAGAAGGUGCCGCUUCGGCGCAUGUGCUUUGUGGACCCAGUGCGCCAGUGUGCGGAGUGUGCCCUGGUGUCUCACCGUGAGGCCGAGUUUUACGACAAGCAGCUCAAGGUGCUCCUAAGUGGAGCUACCUUCCUUGUUACUUUUGGGGACUCAGAGAAGCCCGAGACUAUGGUUUGCCGUCUUUCCAACAACCAGAGGUGCCUGAUUCUGGACGGGGACGGCCAUCACGAAAUUGAGAUUGCACAUGUCUGUACUGUGCAGAUUCUCACAGAAGGCUUCACUCCCGGAGUAGAAAAAGACAUUCACACUUACACCAGCCUCCUGGGGAGCCUGCCUGCCUCUGAAGCAGGCAGCACUCGAGCCACAGGCAUGUUCCUGCAGUACACAGUGCCAGGGGCAGAGGCUGCUACACAGCUGAGGCUGAUGGCUGGAGAGGAUGCAAAUGGCAGCAAGAGGCAGGCAGCAGCAUGGCUGGUGGCCAUGCACAAGGCUACCAAGCUCCUCUAUGAAUCACGAGACCAGUAACUGCAAGGGAACUGAGCUCAGCACAUCAGGUUACAAAGUCCAAGCUGCUUGCCCUGCUUGAGCACUCAGGGCUCUGCUGUGUGUGUAAUUGGAAAUGCAAUUCAAGUAUCUGGAAGCAGAGUGUUCACUUACCUAGUGCAAUAUGUACACAGUUGAUUAACGCUUUAAAGAGCUUAUGUUGUAGCGUGUUGCUGGUACUUAUCAGGGUUGGGAGAAACUGCACUACAGUACUAAAUCAGUUUUAAUAUAACCUGUCCUGUGUUUAUAAAUGCCCAGGUUUAUGAGAUUUUUGGCCCUGUUCCCACAGAAACAAACUAGGUGGUGGCCAUUCAGGCCCCUGGUUCAGCGUUAGACCCUGCCUCUCUCCAGUAGCCCAUUUACAAUGCCUUCGCCUCUCCACUUACUGUCACGUAAGGGGAAGGUAUCACAGCCUUCUGUGUUUUCUACUUUGCACUUACUAUUUCACUUUAGUAAAAUGACUGUACAGUAAUUUGUAUAUAAAAUGUAUGAUUAAAACUUAUUUUG